AUGUCUUCAGCAAUUUUUUUUUAUUCAUUAAUUCUCGAUCUGAAUUUGAACGUAUACAUUCGAUUCACCUAUCGAUCACUAUUAUUCUAUUACGAUCGCAGAGAAAUCCUAUUAAGUUUAAGUGGUUAUGGUUCAUUGAUGCAUGGCAGAGAUAGGACAUUCGUUAAUAAUCAAGCAGCAGCAGCAGAAGAAGACAUCGACGAACAGAACCAAAUGAUGCUUAGUUAUCAACAUACAAAUAUGGAAACGAAAUCAUCCGGCGAUGAAACAUUGUUAUCCUCAUCGAUGGUCUCGGAGAACAACGAAGAGAAGGAAAACAUUCCUUUAUGUAAUUAUUGUCACAAAUCGUUUGCUAAUUACUCAAAUUUACGACAUCAUAUUCAAAUUGUUCACCUAAAAGAAAGCAAAUGGGAUUGCAGUAAAUGCGGAAAGAUUUGCUCGUCGAAAUCCAAUUUGAAAGUGCACUUUCGUACGCAUAUUCGUGUUAAACCUUAUACAUGUAAAUAUUGUGAAUAUGAUUGUAUGCAUCAUUCGUCAAUCAAAGAUCAUCUAACCAAAAAUCAUCCUGAUAAACCUCAUACCAGUAUCGAACCAGGGUACAAUUACAAUUCUCAAGCUGUUCCUGAGCCCGAUGAAUUCAAUGCCGUUGAUUUCGACCCGGCAAAAUUUGUCGAGCAACAAACUCAAUGUAAACAACGUCAAUCGCUAAUUGUCGAAAAUAACGGAACGUUAAAAUAUACACAAACAAUGACAACAACCACCAAGAACACAGCACAUCCAAAUUCGAACAUAAACAUUACCAAACCAAAACGUUUCCGUAGUGACACAAAUCUUCUUCCAACUUCAUCCUCACCACCAACAUUUCCAUUCCUUUCUCCGGCACCUGUUGCUCUCUGGCCAUUCAAUCUUUACCAUCCAGCAUAUAUUCCAGCCAUGAUGAAUGCAAUACGUUUAUCAUCAAUGGCCAAUUCUUCGAUCCCGCCGAUUCACGAAGAGAAACAGUUGAAUAAGCCUUCGUCACGAAAAUCAUUUGAAAUCGAAGGUAUUCUAAAUCUAUCCUUACGUGAUAACAAGCGUAAAAAUCUUUCCGAUACGAUUUCCACUGAUGAGGAAGAUUCAAUUUGA